AGCAGGUCAGCUGAUUAGGACGGCACGCGGAAACUGUAAAGUCAAUUGGAAAGCGCCAGUAGAUCUUUAAAGUAGCCAGGCUACAUCCACAAACAUCAUCACUUCAUGUUGACAACAGCGUGAUUCUUAUGUGAGCAGCACUUCGGAUAUCAACUAAGUUAAGUUAUCUAAAAAAAACAUUUCAAGUGGGCUGUCAUCCUCCGGAUAAAGUUAUGGCACAUAACGAGUUGUCGGUCGCUUUGAAUGGGACUCAGCUUUCCUUCAUCGGACAUGACUGUAAGGACUUUCCAGACUUCCUUGGAGAGACAUAUGGCCAGUUUGCAAGAAGGCUGGAUCUGAGCUUCAAUCAGCUCAGGUCACUGGCAGGCCUCAAAAUGUUCACUGAGCUAGAAGAACUGGUCGUUGACAACAAUCUGCUUGGAAAUGACCUCCGGUUGCCCAGGUUACCCAACCUCCACACCCUAACACUCAAUAAGAACCAACUGACUGAUAUCGAGGCACUGCUGGAACACUUGGCUGAUGUGACCCCGUCACUGGAGUACCUAAGCCUGCUGGGAAAUGAGGCCUGCCCCAACCAGCUGGUCAGCCCGGAUAAGGAUGAGGACGACUACCAGAGAUACAGGUACUUUGUUCUGCAUAAGUUGCCCCAGCUGAAGUUUCUGGACACCAGGAAAGUAACCAUGAAAGAAGUGAUAGAGGCGCAGGAAAGAGGAGCAUUGAUGAAAGUGGUCAAACCUAAGUCGGAAGCUCUAACUAAUGAGGCUGGAUCUGAGAGUCAACCACUGCCCUACACUCCUCUACCCCGAGGAUCCAGAGAUGCCAAGAACCACAAAGGGGUAUUCGCCAAGUGUCGCUAUGUCUACUAUGGGAAGCACUCAGAGGGCAACAGAUUCAUCCGAAAUGACCAACUCUGAUGGACAACUGGUCAGGCGUAAAGAGGGACAUGAAAUGAAAGUGAAGAGGAUCAAAUAAAUCUCCUAUUUAUUAAAACUACUGGUGAGAUUUGAGUCAGCUGAUCUCCCACUAGAAAAAGAUUGAAACUUCGUCAAAACAUUGUUAUGGUUAUGUAAGGGGAAUGUUUUUAAGUUUUUAAAGUUUGUAUUCCAGCCUCCUCUGCUGAACUGGGUCUGCCUGCCUGCUUCCAGCUUACAGUCAGAGUCAGAGAUGACACUCCCACAUGACAUGACAACCGCACAACUCGGCUCGCAUAGCACGCACGCACGCACGCACAGACAGACUUCCUACCUCUUUCUUUGUCUUACGCACAUUCAGUGACAAACGGACCCAGCCAAUUGCAUCCUUUUUUUUUGACAGCCAUGAUGGAUCACCCGUCCACUACUGCCACUAAUCAAUGGUGAAAGGGGCGACGGUCACACACCUGGGGCCUGACAUGCACUCAUAUCCAUCUCUCGCUCUCUCUCUCCCUCUCUCCACACUCGCACACACGUUGUAACUGCUGUGUAAAACAUUAAGACAUCACAAAUAGUUGAACAGAACAAGGUUUAUGCAAGAUUUCCGAGUCCAGACUUGAGGCAUGAUCAGUCCUUUAAUUUUAGUUUGCGGCAGAAUGCUUUUAUUUCUUUUCUUUGAAUGUUCUUUUUUUCUUUUGUGUCUUUAAAUUAAGAGAUGCACUGAUCAAUCCAUCAGCCAGUUAAUCUGUCAAUUUAUGCUACCUAUCGAGAUGUGCUAGUUAGCGGUUCUGCGCAUGCACAUGACCCACAUCUUGGUCUCUGUUUCCACACCCAUAAAGCUAUACAGCCUUGCUGUUGGGCAUGCCGUCUGUGGCUGAUGGUGAGCAAUAUCCAAAAAAAAAAACAAAGACCUGUAAGCAUGUAAAUGUCUGUAUGUACACACUGGAUUUCAGCACAGAGAGAGACGUUAUUUGGUAUUACUUUAAAAGACGCGGAAACGGUGGUACUGACCAGGUAAAGUCAUGUCAUUUGGUACCACGUUGGUCUCGAUCCUUUCAAUAGGCUACUUUAUCUUCAGUCAGACUUUUAAAAAAUAGGCCAAAAACAGAGCAAUUGGUGCAUGUCUGUCUUAGUUUGAUAUCUGCAGCAAUUAUUGGGUUGGUUUCUGUUGUAUGUGUCAAAUGCAGCUUUUAAAGUCAAAAACAUUCCAAUAUCAGCUUAUUUAACACAGUUGUAACCAAGGAUGCAUUCCAGGUAUAUCAUUAUGUUUUAUUUUAUGUUCUCGUGUUGCUGCCUUUCCCACUGCGUCUCUAACCUUCAACUUCAUACUGAAUUAUUCUGUUCAUUAUUUGCAUUGUGAUGAUUGCAAGCAAACUAUUAGACAUAAUCUUCAGAAAAUUGCAUCUAAUGGAAUAUUUCCUCUACCAUUGCCCUAAAUGUGUUCAAAUGCAUUGCUUUUCAAAUGUUUACAUUUUUAUAAUAAUUUUAUAAUCAUUAUGGGUUUGCAGUGUUUAUCAUGAUUUUUAAUGCCUUAUCAUGACAACCUAACCACCAGUUUUUUAACAUCUAAUUUAAAGUUCCCCUGGCACCCUUCCAAUCUCUUUUGAAUGAAUGAUGUUAUAUGCUGAUCUGAUUAAAAAAUUGUAUUAGAUGGAUGUCUUCAAGUAAUUAAAAGGGUUUAACUAA